ACUCAUUGUUCUUUUCUUACCGUCGUCGUUGCCAUCUACAUCUGGCUCGUAUUGUUCUCCUCCACAGAUAUCAAUGAUAUGUCUGCCAGCAGACGUCUGAACAAUGCAUGGUCUGCACUGGACAACAAUGCCUCCAUGGUAGCGCCCCUGAUAGAUUCGCUUGAUGACCUUUCAAAAAGACUGGCCAGAGACGAAGCCUUCAGACUGGAACUUGGCAACUCGGAACCUCCGUUGUGGCCCACCUUACACCAUCUUUGGUCCCUCACUUCAUCCACCGUUCAGGACGACGGCGAAGACGCCCGGAGAUUCAGGCUAAGCGUUGCAAGAUUUACCCGCAAUCUCGUCGCUGCAGUGCCGCAAAACCAACAACGCGCCUUCGAAAAUGAAUUGGCAAUACGAAAGUUGAUACGUCAAUAUACCUCUUUCUCGCACUCGCAAGAUGAAAGCUCGCUUCCUGUGACCCGAAUGCUCGUUCAGGCAUUAUCAAAUAUGGUUACUGCAAAUGUGGAGCUCGCGCAGAAAUUGUGGUCCAUCUAUAUGGACCUUCCGAUGGAGGACCUCAUUCUCAUUCGAUUAUUGGGAGUUUCGGACAUUGGGACUAUGGCGUCGACCCUGGUUCUCAUCCUGAAUUGUAUUCAGUCACACAGGACCCAAGUAGAACAAUUUGCCAAUAGCAGAAGCGGGCCACGCUUGUCAAUAUCCUUACUAGACCAAAUAGCUGAACUUUUCAAUGCGGAAGAGUCUACCGAAAGAGGGCGAGCGUUUGAUAUCGGAUAUGCCAUUUUUAGCCGCAUAUUCGAGGAGGGGUUGACACCUCAGCUAUAUGCCAAGAUAUCGGUGCCCGACGAAGUGGUCACGCCGCAUCAGACCGUUCUAUUGAAGCUCCUUGAUUCGUAUUUGCACGGCCCACGGAUUCCCGAGCCCUUGACCCUUGAACAGCGGCGGGAACUCUGCAAAAUGCUAGUGACAAUAUUCUUCUGUCUAACUUCCUAUACGCAGCAUGCGAUUAGCCAAGCUCUGGGCCCAAAGCACACCAGAAGCACACCUGUGGACGUAGCCGCCGAUCCACUCGUGAAUCGACCGAGCUCGCCGACCAAUUAUGAGGAAAAUAUCGUAGAUACCGAUACGCCGCUGCCAAUGGGGGAGCUCGAUCUGCUUCUGCCGAAAGUCUGCGAGGCCCUCGUUCUUGUCACGCAGUGUCUUACUUCGUUGACCUUGCAAUCGGAAGAAGUCAAAAUUUCCGCCUCACAGGGACGCCUUGCUGCGGAGCCAGAGGAUCUGAAGUUAUAUGUCAGUGAUGCACGUUCUAUCUCUGAUGUCGGAUUCGUGGAAUCUUUGAUAGAUACUCUCCGUUUAAUCGACCGAUUCUUGCCCCGCAUCACAAUGGGGAAAGUUGCCCCUCCACCAGUGCACGUUGGCGAUACACGCGGAAAAAUAAAUAACCUAAAUGAGGGCAGGAAUCAAAACACCGGCGCUGCUGCUAAAGCCCUCUCAGAUGACCCUAAGGGGUUUGCGUACCUGAAACGGGACUUGGUACGAUUGUUGGGGAUCCUUGUCUAUCGCUCCCGGGCGGUUCAGGACCGCGUUCGUCUGUGCGGUGGCAUCCCCGUGGUGCUCAAUCUAUGCGUCAUCGAUGAAAGGAAUCCAUAUCUCCGGGAGCAUGCCAUAUUCGCCCUGCGCAAUUUACUCGAAAACAACCCCGAAAACCAGGCACUAGUGAACGAGAUUCAGCCUCUCCGGGAAUGGGAUGAACAUGGGGUCCUUUCAGAUAGACCAGAAGUAUCGCAUAGAUAGCCAGCCAUGCGGUAACAUGUCAAUUGUACAAAUGAAUUCAGUGUAACCUAGUAUCAAUACAGAGAAGACAGCGUGUUUGAAAGCAAUGCAUGAAGCACUAGGGUAUUGGAGCCCUAUUCUUCGUCUUCUUCCUCCA